AUGACUGCUGUUCUAUUACACUUAUUCGGUCUUGUUUAUGCGAUAUUAUGCUUCACGGCUGCCCCUUGUACUCAGGCGGAAUCUGUCAAUCGUACCAUUGACGACGAGUACGGCGAUUCCAUCGGCGGAGGCAAUGUGCAGUACACACCGUCAGAUGAGUGGGGGCAGGGAUCUACAUGUACUGGAUGUUCAGCCACGCCAGAUAAGAGGUCCGCCUUCGACGGUACAUGGCAUGACGCUACGCACGACUCUCAACGACCUACGGAUAAGACGGUCAAUAUCACUUUCCAUGGAACAGCUGUAUAUGUGUACUUCAUUCUCGAUGACAACACCGCCUCAGGGAUCACCACCGUCACGAACUUGAGCAUUACGGUGGACGGGCAGAGCGCCACACCGUUCGUGUUUACUCAGAGUGGCGCAGACGAUUAUGUUUACAAUGCGUUGGUGUAUUCCUCUCUGAAUAUGCAACUGCAAGACCACAUCGUCCUACUCUCCUCGAGGGGAGACCAAUCUCCGUCGUUAUUGUUAUUUGAUUACGCAGUCUACACGGAUGAUGUGGAAGAUCCUCAACCGAAUACGACAUUCACAUCGACUUCAUCUUCAUAUUCGCAGAGUCCCUCCAGCGUGGUCCUUCCGGCUCCGACACCACACUCCAAACGAGCACCAGUAGGCGUGAUUACCGGAGGUGUUGUCGGCGGAAUAUCGAUCAUCUUUCUGGUAGCACUAUCUAUCUUCUUGCUACGCGCUCAGCGCCGCCGCAGAAGCCGGCGAGAUCCAUACAUCCCCGAGAGGAUGCUGGUCGAUAGGUACCUCGAACCAGCGCCAAGUUCCGCGCCACUCAUGUCUUCAACUCUUCCAGCUCUAACAGUACCAUCCCAAGUCGCUGCCCUGGAGAGCAAGGUCAAGGCGUUGCAGGGAGCGGCCGGCUCGAGGGACGGAUUUCUGAGAAGAGAGGUUGCGGCGGGCCAGAGCGACACACCAUCUAGUGUUGGGAUUCAUGGACAGGGAGUUACGGCGACGUCAGGUGUUUCUGGGUCCAGAGGGAGCAGUGCAGACGACGAUAUAAGAGAGCAAGUUGCUGGGAUGCAAAUUGAGAUCGCACGGCUCCGUUCUAUGCAGCGUCAUCAGGAGGCAAGGCUUGACGGGGAGAUAGAGAUGCCACCUGAAUACAGCGAUAGCGGGCGGUAG